GGAAGUGGCGGCUGAUCUCGGUCCGCACCUUUUCCGGUAACAGCCCCGCCACCGCUGUGCCUGACUGAACGGCUGGAGACACAGAGGGAGGAAGACAAAUCGAGAGCGGCAAGAGUGGGGGAGAAACGGCCCGGGGGACUGGGGAAUGGUCGCCGCAGACGCAGGGGGAAGGAACAGAAGAAAGUCGGAUGAAUCAAUGACCUUUUGAGCGGUCCUCCUGUGGAUACCCCGGUACUGAAGCGGACUCGGAAGGCUCCGAAUUGUCGCCGCCGGUUAGCGAGGAAAAUCGGCGUGCUUCGAAAUUCACCGAGGGGGAAUAAGCUAAGUGUGGACAGCCGGCGGCCAAGAAGGAAGUGGGAACCCCCGGCUUGGCCUGGGCCUGAUUUAUAUUGUCCUCUUUAGGCUGAAAGAACUCCUCAAACCAGGCUCUGCUCGGUCACCUGGGAGGGAAAAAAAGGAUCUUGUAAGCAGAGUCGACCCAUAUUUUUGCUGGUUUUGGGAGGGAGCGUGUGAUCUAAGUCGACUUUCAAAGAAGGGAAUGUCAGUUUUUCUUCUCACGUUGGAGGGCAGUGGAUCAUGAAAAUAUAUCCCCACCCAAAUCUACAAAAGCACCCCAUAAAGUCCCUCUGAUUCCUCAGGCCAGAUUACCUCAAUCCAGCUAAUUGUACUGUAAACGCUGCUGCCAGCUCUCAGACUUUUUGACACUUGUGUCAACUCACUGUUGUCACGUGUGUAGCUUCACGUUGAACCCGGGCCUUCUCUGUUGUCCUGAAAACAAACUUGGCUCUCAUUAGGAGUUCCCCUUCUUCUUCCAACAAAGUAUUUAUGCACGGUAAACACGAUGGGGAAGAUGCUGUCAAAGAUCUUUGGCAACAAGGAGAUGAGAAUAUUGAUGCUUGGACUUGACGCUGCCGGGAAAACCACCAUCCUGUACAAGCUGAAACUGGGACAGUCGGUCACCACCAUCCCCACGGUGGGGUUCAACGUGGAAACCGUCACCUACAAGAACGUCAAGUUCAACGUGUGGGACGUGGGCGGCCAGGACAAGAUCCGGCCCCUCUGGAGACAUUACUACACGGGCACGCAGGGCCUGAUCUUUGUGGUGGACUGCGCCGACAGGGACCGGAUCGACGAGGCCAGGCAGGAGCUCCACCGGAUCAUCAACGACCGGGAGAUGAGGGACGCCAUCAUCCUGAUCUUCGCCAACAAGCAGGACCUGCCGGACGCCAUGAAGCCCCACGAGAUCCAGGAGAAGCUGGGCCUGACCCGGAUCCGGGAUAGGAAUUGGUACGUUCAGCCCUCGUGCGCGACGACAGGGGAUGGACUAUAUGAGGGCCUGACCUGGCUUACCUCAAAUUACAAAUCCUAAUGUUUCCUCCCACCCACCAGCUUGGACGUUUCGAGACACACACACACACACACACACACACACACACACACACACACACACGCGCCCUCACACACACGCACACAAAAGUAGCAGAGAAUUUAAAAAAAUAAAUAAAAAAAAACAAGGAUGCAAUUUGAAGCUAUUAAUUCAGUUCAAUGAUUUCUUUGCUUAAUGUGUAUUAAAGAGAGUCGUAAUUUACUUAUUGGUUUAUUUUUCUUUACGAUAAGUAUUUCACUUUAAUCCCAAAUUUUCAGUUAAUCAAAAAAAAAGUGUUUUUCUUUUUUUUUUUUUUUUUUUUUUAGUUUUCUUUAGUUCUCGAUCUGUGUAAUCAGUGCUGUUAAUCUACACAUCUUACUUUAGUGCUUUUUGCUGCAUUUUGCUUUUGUUUCCCCAUUAUUGUAUCGUUUCUUUUAAAGGGGGGGACUCACCUGAAAGGUGCGGCUGCCCCCCCCCCCCCCCCCCCCUUCCUGCUUAGUUCUCGUCCUGCGCUCUCACAACCCAGCUACAUAUCCAAAGGAUGGGGGGGGGGGGACCCAGAAACCGUUUCCUAGAUCAGCAUAUCACUUUUGAAAACUCUGGGGGGGGGGGGGAACAAAAAAUGCCUCCGUUUUCUGUCAGAAUGUGUACUAUGGGUGUGUUAUUAGGACCUUUUAAAAAGUUCAACUGAUUGUACUGGGAUGAAUGAGAUGUGGAAGCUCCUCUCUCCUGUGCAGUGGUUCUCCUGGAUUUUCACACUGUGAUACGGAUAUAUACAUAUAAAUUGUUUUGUUUUUUUGGGGGGGGGGGGGAACGGUUUGUUUCAGGGCCAGAAUCUGUUACCAACCAGUCUCUCGUCAUCUCCACUCUCGUUUCUCUCAGAGCUUCCAUUGAGUGUUUUUGUAGUUUUCAGCUGCCUUAGGCCGGACCAGGGUUCCAGGUGUCCCCCUCCUCCCCGAAACUGAGACAGUCGCAAUGGCGAAGGGUAUUCUCAGCCGCUGAGUUUGCACUUUGAAUGGGAGAAGGGAGGGGGGGUUGAGCAACUUGCUGGUGGUGCAUACUUUCUUUUUUUUUUGGAUUUUCUUGAACUGACUUUUGGCUUUUGGACUCCAGCGAGGUUUACAAAGUUCCCAACCCGAAACAGGUGCUUUUUUUUUUUUUUUUUUGGUUGUUUUCUGUUUUAAACAUCACCAGCCCGUUUGAAGUCCUGCAGUCAAUUCUGUUAAAAGUUUAUUGCUGUUUAAUUCUCCCCCCGCCCCCCCAAAUACCUUUUUUUCUUAUGCUAUGCUGUUGAAAUAAUAAAAGAAAUAUAUAUCCAGAUCAA